AUGUCUAGGAAAAAAUCACACCUUGUGGUUCCUGUUUGCAUUGCUGCCUGCGCUUCAAUAGUGAUUAUUUCCUACUUUCAGAGAGCAAAACUGUCCAUGCCAGAAAUCAAGCUCUGUGGAGGGAUUCCUGCCAAUAACACCAUCACACCCUUAACAGAUAAUCGAACCUUCAUCAUUGCUCCAUACUUUGACAACAGAAAGAACAAUAUGACACGAGUGAUUGCUAUAGUCCACCACAAGGAUGUCAAGCAACUUUACUGCUGGUUCUGUCACCCAGCUAAUGGUCGAAUAUACAUCUCCAAAGCUGAAAUAGAUGUCCAUUCCGAUAGAUUUGACUUCCCAUAUGGGGCCACAGACUUGAAAUGUCUGGAACCAGAAGACUGGGAACCACGUCACAUGUCAAUACAUUGGUCUCCUACAGGAGAUAUCGACCAGCUACCACGGUUUGAAAUAAGAAACCGUGAUCCUGAAGGUUCCCUUGUGGAAUUCACAGUCUGCAUCUCCACCAUGUUUGGAGAGUACAACAACGUCCUGCAGUUUCUGCAGAGCAUGGAGAUGUAUAAAAUCCUUGGGGUGGGCCGAGUGGUGAUCUACAAGAACAGCUGCAGCCCACUGAUAGAGAAAGUGCUGGAUUACUAUAUUGCAGAAGGGAUUGUCGAGAUAAUUCCCUGGCCCAUUGACUUACACCUCAAUGUUUCAUCUCGGUGGCAUCACUCAAUGGAUCCCAAGGACAUUGGCUACUAUGGACAAAUCACAGCCUUGAAUGACUGCAUUUAUCGCAACAUGUACAGGAGCAAAUAUGUGCUCCUCAACGAUGUAGAUGAAAUUAUUCUACCAGGGAAGUAUCCAGAUUGGAAAACCAUGAUGCAGGAUCUUCAAGAGCAAAACCCAAUGGCUGGUGUCUUCCGCUUUGAAACUCACGUCUUCCCUAAAACCGUGUUCACCCUCACUUACAAAUUCAACACUUCCUCUUGGAACACAAUACCUGGGGUGAACAUAUUGCAGCAUGUCCUCCGAGAACCAGACCGAAAACACAUUGUUAAUCCUCGGAAAAUGAUUGUUGAUCCAAGGAAAGUGGUUCAGACAUCGGUCCACUCCAUUCUCCAGGCCUAUGGGGACAGUAAAUGGAUUCCAAUGGAUGUUGCUUUGGUCUAUCAUUGCCGGGCUCCCCUUCAAGAAAAUCUCUCUCGACUUCUCCUAAUUAAGGACACAACUCUCUGGAGGUACAAUAUGUCAUUAAUUGGAAAUGUCAGCAAAGUUCUACAACAAAUAGCGUGGGACACGGGAGAGGACCCAGGAAAUCAAGCAGGAAACUAUUUCUUUAUUCUACUAAUGCUGAUCAUCAUAUGUCUGCGUAUUUCCAGCAUUUGUAGGGCCUUUAUAAACAAAUGA